AUAUCGCCAUUAGUCUGUUCUAGAUAUUUAGUGGUGCUGGAUCGUAGGAAAAUAUUAUUUUGUUCACAUGUAUAUACCAAAAGAAAAUAUCUAAUAUAUUUUACGAAAUUAAGUGAAAUUCUGGAAAAUGAAGGCAAUUUUGCUUUUAUUUUUUAUUUCUCAUCUGGGAUUAUCAUUGACUCAAAAACAACAAAUCAGCAUUGGUGCGAUCUUUUUUCUUGAUGAACCAACAGAAAUUGAAGCUGCAUUCGAUAAAGCUGUUUACAUUUUGAAUCAACGUUCCUCAGAGGUGCAACUUUUUCCAAUAAAACGCUAUGGAAAAGAAAGCAAGGACAAAAUUGAUAGUAUUGAUCUUCAAACUAUAGCUUGUGAACUGAUAGGAAAUGGUGUGUCGGCUAUUUUUGGACCAAGUUCAAACGCACCUAGCGAUAUUGUGGCGCUUAUUUGUAAUAGUACGGGUAUUCCUAAUAUUUUAUUCGAUUGGAGUCCUGAGGAGAGUAUGACAGAGCGAAUGAAUCACAGGAUGACAGUUAAUGUGGCACCUUCGACCACGAUUCUAUCGAAAGCAUAUUCCGAUAUUGUUUAUAAUUAUGCAUGGAAGGGUUAUACAGUGCUGUAUGAAAAUCACGAAGCCUUAGUGAGACUUCAAGACUUGCUUCAACUUAAACGCAUACACGAAGAAGAAAUAAAAGUUCGUCAGUUUUCCCGAGACGAAGACUUUAGAACUCUAUGGAAGAAUGUUCGUCAUCAGGGAGAAAGAAGAGUAAUAUUGGAUUGUUCACCUGAGUUGCUGGCAGAUGUUGUCGAUAGUGCGACAUUUUUCAAUAUGACAGGACAAUUUAAUAACUUGUUCUUAACUAAUUUGGACACACAUAAAUCAAAUUUACGAUUGUUAAAUAAUGCAAAUUUUAGAGUGAAUAUUACGGCUGUCAGAAUUGAAUUGAAUUCGAACGAGUUUAUUGAGGACAAUUCUGUAAUGUCAACAUUAGUAUUCGAUGCUGUUUUAUUGCUACACAAUGCCAUCAAUAAUGUAAUUGCAUCGCAACAAUACUUUGCACCACGAAUAUCAUGUGAAAGUACUGAGAAAUGGGAAGUUGGAAAUUUGAUUUUAGAACAAAUGUUGCAGACAUCGGAGGAAAAUGGAACUUUUAUAACAAAGAACAUCCAGUUCAAUGAAUGGGGUGAACGUGUCAAUUUCAAUCUAGAAAUAUAUCGCCCAAUGUCGGAUCGAGUUAUUGCCGUUUGGAACCCAGAUGGUCAAUUAAUGGCCAAAACCGAGUCAUCAUCAUCAGUGUCGAAAUCGGAUACAGGAGAAAUACAAGAUUUUUCACAAGGUCGAAGGCAUUAUAGGGUAGCAUCACGUAUUGGAAAACCUUAUCUUAUGCUAAGAGAACCAGGUGAAAAAGAAAUCUUAAGUGGAAACGCUCGAUUCGAGGGCUAUUCUAUUGAUCUUAUUCACAAGCUUUCGCAAAUAGUUGGAUUUGAUUAUACAUUUGAUAUUGUGGACGAUGAUAGUUAUGGAAAAUAUAAUCCAGAAACUAAGCAAUGGGAUGGAAUUGUUGGAUAUUUGAUUGAUCAUAAAGCCGAUAUUGGAAUAUGCGACUUAACAAUCACUCAAGCCCGUCGAUCAGCUGUAGAUUUUACUGUACCAUUUAUGCAAUUGGGUAUCAGUAUCUUAUACUUCAAGACGCCUCCAGAAGCCAAGGAUUUGUUUGCUUUUUUAAAACCAUUCGAUGUGGAGGUUUGGAUGUAUAUGUUGACAUCCUAUUUAAUUAUAUCUUUGGUGUCCAUCGUCAUGGCUAGAGUAUCCCGAGAUGAAUGGGAAAAUCCACAUCCAUGUAAUCCAAAUCCUGAAGAACUUGAAAAUAAAUGGGAUAUUGCUAAUACAUCAUGGUUAACAAUGGGAUCACUUAUGGCCCAGGGUUGUGAUAUUUUGCCAAAAUCCGGACCAAUGCGACUUAUGAGCGGAAUGUGGUGGUUCUUUUCUUUGAUGAUGUUAAAUUCCUACACAGCUAAUUUGGCUGCUUUUCUGACUGCAUCGAAAAUGGAAAGUGCUAUUAAUAGUAUUAAUGAUUUGGCGGAACAGAAUAAAAUUCAAUUUGGUACUUUGAGCGGUGGCAGUACUUCAAACUUUUUUUCGGAAUCAAACGAUACAGUUUACCGUUUGGCUUGGUCAAAAAUGGUGUCAGCUCAACCAACUGUUUUUACAAAAAGUAAUGCCGAGGGUGUGGAUCGUGUUAGGAAGAACAAAAAUACUUAUGCUUUUCUUAUUGAAACAACAAGUAUGGAGUAUGCUAUUGAAAAUGAUGAAAAAUGUGAACUCACCCAAAUUGGAUCACAAAUUGGUGAAAAACAUUACGGAAUUGCUGUUCCAUUGGGUGCGGACUAUCGUUCUAAUUUGAGUGUUGCCAUUUUAAAACUCAGCGAAAGAGGUGAAUUAUUUUCGUUAAAAAAGAAAUGGUGGGCGAAUCCCAAUAAAACAUGCUCCAAAGCUGAUGUCGUAGACGGUAAUGAACUGUCUAUUGAAGAACUUGGUGGUGUGUUUCUUGUUUUGGGUUGUGGUAUAUUUGGAGCAUUUGUUUUGGGUAUUAUUGAAUUUCUAUGGAAUGUUCAACAAGUUGCAGUUGAAGAGAGGUUAACACCUAUGGAAGCUUUAAAAUCUGAAGUCAUGUUUGCACUUAAGUUUUGGAUAAAAAAGAAACCGGUCAAAAUAUUAGGAAGCAGUUCAGGAUCGGGUUCGGGUUCAGAAUCAGGGUCAACUAGUAACCGAUCGCGGCGUUCUUCUGUGCAAUCCCAACAAUCGACAGCUAAACAUUCUGUUAAAAAAGUUAGCAUAGAAUAAAAAUGUAUAAAUGUUUUACGUAAGACUGUACUGCAAACAACAUGUCUCAUUGUACUAUGGUUGUAGAAUUGUUGUAAUUUAUAAAUACCUACAUACAGUAAGACUUGCUUA